AGUUGUGAUGCGCAGGCUUUUCGUUACGACGUAAUUGCACGAAUUCCAACACUCACCUCCUACAAUGUCACACCGAUCAAUGAGGAUGAAAGGGAGCGGGCUGAGCGCGAUUUCGUCCGUCGGUUUGGUCAAUUGGAAGCGGCUCAACGUCCGAAAAGGUACUGGGAGUUGGAACAACUUCACGGUUACGUGGCUCCUUUCGUCUCCGUGAACCUAUCGCCCAAAAGGAAGGUUCGGUUGCGCAUUCGACUCGAUGAUCAAGAAAAGUGGCACUCCUGUUGCUUGCGCCAAUCGAUUUCCCGCCUCCGUCACGAAGUCUGUGGUCUCUUUGGUCUCUCAGAGCAGGAGGAGAGGACUACCCGACUGGUCUACAUCGAUGCGGGUAUCGUGGCUGCUCAGGGACCUGAAGAAAUGCGCUACCUUGCGCGUCUCCUCUACACCUACCACCCCAAUGAGGGAGACACUCUCAUGCAGGUUGGAACUGCAACCUCCACAGCGAAUCCUACGUCAGAAUACCUCAACAGCACUGGAACCUGGAUCACAUAUCUCCUCCUCAUUGCCGGUUGUCAUCUUAUUCUACUCUGCAUUCCAUUCCUCUCCGUAGCCUCAGUAUGGACACUUACUUGCACUUUGCAUAAUGUUUUGACCUAUCUAGUUCUUCACUGGGAGAAAGGCAGUCCCUACGAGACACUGAAUCAAGGAGAAGAAAGAAUUCUAACUCAGUGGGAACAGUUUGACGAUGGAGAACAAUAUUCACCGACGAAGAAGUUUCUUCUCGUCGUUCCCAUUGUCAUCUUCAUUCUCGCCAGUUUCUACACACAAUACGAUCCGAUCCACUUCGUGAUCAACGCUUCGACCCUAAUUCUGCUGAGCAUUCUCCCGAAAUUGCCGCAAUUCUACCGCGUGCGCGUGUUUGGUGUUAACCAGUGGUGA